AUGAGGCUCUCCCUCCAAGUCGCCAGGAAAUUCUUCGAUCUCCAAGACAUGCUGGGUUACGACAAAGCGAGCAAAACCAUCGAGUGGCUUUUCAGCAAAUCCAACAAGGCCAUGAAGGACCUCACCAACACCAAGGAUGGUAAGAGGAGCGAAUCUUUUUGCGAGGUCGUUUCUGGGGAGAACUGCUCGAAGAAUGGAGGUAACGAGAUGAGAGAGUCGAGGGAGAAGGCUAAGGUGCGGUGCAGAACAGAGGAGAAGGGGAUGGUAAAGCCGGCCGAAUCGAGCCCUAAUCAGAAUGUUCUAGAGAAAUUAGGGUCUUCGCCAUUAGAUCGAGAAAGGGUUUGUGUAGCGGACUGCAGCCCUCUCCUGCACGAUGUCGGAACAAUCGAGAAGCUUCUGGGGAGUUCCACUACUGAUCAAUACAACUGCUCUAGUUUCAUGGGAUUUCUUGGAAACUGGGACAUGUUUGAGCAAUGA